UACUUCUGGGCAUCUUCUUCUAUGAUCUUGGGUGUUUUGGUGGGUUGGGUCUUUACUGUUUAUUUCUAGAUUUUAUCAAGAAAAAAUAAAUUAUUUUACCAAUUUGAUAAUUAAAUUUAGCAUUUGUGAUGUGAACUUCCAAUUUUGUCAUCGAUUUCCUAAUCCAGUAUUAUGACUCUACAAAAUGUGGAUAUAGCAGAAGAUCCAUUGAAUCCUAUCCCCGAUAACACUUCUAACAAGAUGUCUCUGAGUGCUAGUGCAGAAAAUGUAGCCGCUGAUAACCAGAGUUGCGGGGGCAGUGGAGGCGGUGACGGAGGCGGCAGCAUGUGCCUGGAGCUGGCGCUGGAGGGAGAGCGCCUGUGCAAGGCGGGAGACUGCCGCGCAGGCGUGGCAUUCUUCCAGGCGGCCAUACAGGCGGGGACAGAUGACCUGCGUAUACUCAGCGCCAUCUACAGUCAGCUGGGAAAUGCCUACUUCUACCUAGGCGACUACGCCAAGGCCAUGCAGUAUCACAAACACGACUUGACGCUCGCCAGAACGAUGGGAGACAAGUUAGGUGAAGCUAAGUCAAGUGGAAAUCUUGGCAAUACACUGAAAGUGAUGGGGAAAUUCGACGAAGCAAUGAUUUGUUGUAAAAGGCAUCUAGAAAUUUCGCGAGAAUUGAAUGACAAGCUGAGUGAAGGCAGAGCUUUGUAUAAUCUUGGAAAUGUUUACCACGCCAAAGGAAAGCACAUCGGCCGAGUGGGCCAGCAAGACCCUGGCGAAUUUCCAGAAGACGUCCGCGCCUGUUUACAACAAGCUGUCAAAUACUACGAAGAGAAUCUGCAGCUAAUGCGCGAGUUGAACGAUACGGCAGCUCAGGGUCGCGCUUGUGGCAACUUGGGCAACACGUACUAUCUUCUCGGCAACUUCCAACAGGCCAUACAUUAUCACCAGGAGAGGCUCAAAAUCGCCAGGGAGUUCGGAGACAAGGCAGCUGAACGACGUGCCAAUAGUAAUCUAGGCAACUCACACAUAUUCCUCGGCGAAUUUGAAACUGCAGCUGAACAUUACAAGAGAACGCUAACUCUUGCUCAAGAGCUGGGAGACCGUGCCGUUGAAGCACAAGCCUGCUAUAGUCUUGGUAACACGUACACGUUAUUGAGGGAUUAUCCGAUAGCUAUUGAGUACCACUUGAGGCAUAUGAUAAUAGCACAGCAACUAUUGGAUAGAGUCGGUGAAGGAAGAGCAUGCUGGAGCUUAGGAAACGCCCACUCUGCGAUGGGAAAUCAUGAAAAGGCGUUAUACUUUGCCAUGAAACAUUUAGAAAUCUCCAAAGAGCUAGGCGACCCGAUGGGUCAAGCGACGGCGCAGAUGAACGUGUCCGACCUGCGCAAAGCACUGGGCAUGCCUGGCGACCAGCUGUCACCCGACAGCCAACAGCUGAUGGCCUCCUUCUGCCACCCCUCCCCCGCGCCCACCCUGCGUCGAUACCGGGUGAGAAGGCAAAGCAUGGAACAGCUCGACCUCAUUAAGUUGACUCCUGAUGGAAAGGCAAGGAAUGGUGUUGCCAAUGAACCCGCUCCAUCCCCAGAAAAACCAAAGAUCGAUCAUUGCGGCGACGAUGAAGAUACAUUUUUCGAUGUGUUGUCGAGGUUCCAGUCGGAGCGAAUGGAUGACCAGCGUUGUUCUCUGGCUCUUCCCAGUGAUAACAAGCAAAAUGCAAAUCCAGUUCUGCCACCAUCCGUUCACGUAAACAACGGCGAGGUGCAAGAAGACCUGCUAGACCUGAUAGUGGGCAUGCAGAGCAAGCGCAUGGACGAGCAACGCGUGGAGCUGCCGCAUCUGCCGGGCCUGUGCCCGCCGGGGGGCGGGGUGACUGGGGCGGGGGCGGCUGGGGCGCAGGGGGGCUUUGCCACCCCCGAUGAGGGCUUCCUGGAGCUGCUGGUGCGAUGCCAGGGCGCGAGGCUGGAGGAUCAGCGCAGUCUGCCGCCGCAGCCCGACAAGGAAUCUACUUUGGACAGUCCGCCCUCUCUUUCGCCCGCCACAGGCACUGGUGCCACUGUCCCCGACGAAGACUUCUUCUCGCUGAUCAUGCGCCUGCAGUCGGGACGCAUGGAGGACCAGCGAGCCACUGUGCCCGCCCCACCGCCUCAGCGCCGCCACAACAACUAAACCCGAUAACUCUCACUUUGGUUGCAUUCAACGGUAGCCUUCUGACGUUCAAAUAAGUGAGACGAAAAGUAAGACCCAUAGGGGAUCAGAAGUUGGCUGAAGAAUCAACUUACGCGAUCUCUGAUGGCAAAAAUUCCCCAUGGAAAGUUCACAUCUUCUCCAUGGAAGCGCUAGCAUUCAAACUUAUGUCAAAAAAUGUUUAAACAAGUUAAUCCAGAGUGAGAUUAUUUGUACAUUUGAAAUUAGACGCUCAGUCUCUGACACCUAAUAUACACACCAAAUCUUCUAACUCGAAAGCACUAGCGUUCAAACUUCUGAUCCCCUAUAACACAGAAGCUAAGAAUAAUUAUUUCUAUAGCCUACUAAAAAUUCUUGAUGACCUGAAAAACAAUAAUUGAAUUUAUAGUUUCAAAAUUUAUAAUUUCUAGUAGGCUAUGUUAUUUCUAACAAAGAAACUUCAUUAUAAACAACAAAUAUAUAUUUCGCUGAUUUUAUUGAUUUCGUGUUAUGGGGGGGGGGGCUCGUUUAUCUCCGUGGUGCAUUUCAUGGCUCAAGACCUCUGGCCAGAAUCUAACUUUACCAUUAUGACUGAGAACCCUUAUUACCCAUAAAAAACUGUAGUUUCGCCUUCUAGUCGACAUAAUCCAAUAGCAACUCACUUUUCUCGGACUGCUAAAACAGAUGGACAAUUUAAAAUCCAAAAUUUAUCAAAUCGGUCAGAGUAGAGUGAACAGCAUAUUAUUGGCUUAUACUGACAAUAUGGUGGGACUAGAAGUUUAGAUUCGUAUCUGGGUGAGAUUCUGUAGUCAAUGAUAGUUAAUUAUUAACAGCUGGCCAUUAUAGGUCUUUAGCCAUGAAAUUCACAAUACCAUAGCCACCUCUAUUAGCGGUGGCUAUGACAAUACCAAUACCUACUAUUACUUCUAAGUAAUAGUAGGUAUUGACAAUACCCAUAGUGCGAUGCCAUACAUUUUCAUCAAUAGUAGGUAUUGAAAUCGCGCCAAUUAUCAUAACAUUAGUUCAUCAUUGGUUUCGUCACAUUGUUUUAUUAAUAUUAAUUUGUGUCGAAUCAUCGCCGAGUUUCUGAUCAUAUAAUAUGUUGAGUCAUGUAUCACACCAGUGGUACCUUGGAGAAUUUAACUGUUAUGGCUAUUUCCUAUUUUCUCCUUUUUGUAAAAAAUUCUCUUGAUUUCCUAGUGCCAAAACUAAAUCCAAUCUUCGAUUCAGAAAGAAAAUUAAAAUUGUGCCAAAACUACCCCAACAUAUUGGUCAGCUAUUGUACAAUUAUUAGAAAGUGAAUCUUUGUAUAAUAAUGAACCAGGGGUGGAAGAUAAUGUUGAAGUUCUUCUUAUUCGUUCCAAAAACAAUCUUUUUGACGUUUCGAAAAAUUCUAUUCCUGGUCUGGGGUUUCCGUUUGGUAUGAUGAUGAUUAAUGAAACAUUUAAUUCAACCUUAUUUUAAAAUGAUACUAUGUAAAUUAAAUAUUUAGGUUUUGCAAUUAAAAAAGUAAAUGAUAUUUAGGAGAAUGAGUGAAAUAUAUCUUUGUAGUAUUUGUUAGUUUGUAUCUUAGAUGUUAUAAUGUUUUUCGUAACAAUGAGAAUUGCAACCAAAAUUGAGAAAAUUAUCGGUAACCAAAAACUAUUCACAAUGCCAAAUCUUGAUAAUAUAUUGUUUGAAUUUAUUCUUCAUAAGCAAUUGGUUUUAUACGCAGAAUUUCCCUCGAAAUCAAUUUAGUUUAAUUUAGGAUAAAAUGAUUAAUAAUAAAAAUAGAUUAAUCAUUAUCUUAGUUGUAGUACAGUAUUACCUUUUAAUAAUUUCUUUGAAAAAGCUAUACAAAUCGAUCAAUAACUUCACUUCAUAGAUUCUUUCUCUGUAAUUUUAGUUAUUUACUUGUAAUUAUUUUAACUUAUAUAUUCCUUGCUUAAAUCAUUCCUUACUAUCAUUCUUCAUUGCACAUUAAAUUUUAUUUAUUCCAUCUAUCUUUUAUUAAUUAUUCUAUUAUAUACAAACGAUCCUUCUUGGAGGAUAAUAAUAUAUAUUUUAAACCUUAUCUUGAGUGGCGCAUUGUGAGUAUAAUUAUUAUAGUGCGUCACUAUUACGGCACCGUUCCAUUGGGGGGCCAAAAUAUGACAUAUUUUAUGAAGAUUAGGGAUUGAAGUUAAACUAUUGUUACUGCUUGAUUGAAAUUUGAGGGCAGUGAUAUUGGCUCUCAAUAGGAACUGUAUUUUCUAAUGUAAAUUUAAGAUCGUUAUUAUGAGUUGGUCUAGUUACUAGAUUCCAAAUUAGAAGCUUUAAAUUUCUCAAUGUGCCAAUUCAUUGAUUCAUUUCGAUGCAAGAAAUAUCCAGUAUUUUCAAUGUACCGAAUGAAAGGAUAUUAACAUAUUUUCAAAUUAUUAAACAUCAGCGAAUACUCCACUUUAUGCCAUAUUUUAUCUCAUUCUUAGAACUGUACAACAUUGUCAACAUACAUAAUAAUUUUCCUUUGCAAUUAUAAUUAUCACACUUCCUUGGCAGAUCAAGUAUUGUAGAUUUAUUUUUAAAUAUGUGCCAUCACGUAUAUUCAUUUUUUAUUUUAAAAAGCAUGAAAUUAUAGAUGACUAGAAUCAGAUUUUUAUUCGAAUUGGCCAUAAUCAUGCCUAGUCGAGUUUAUUCUCAAAUCUAUCAUGGAAGCCAUAUUUUACUCAGUCGUGAACACUGAAACCUAGAUAGUUCUACUCUAGUUAUAUCAGUAAUGUAAUUGUGUUUCUAUCAAUAUCUUACUUUGAAAAAUUAGAGAAAUAUGUUUGGAAACUAGAAUGUAAAACUUGAGUUUAGAUGUUACAUGCAAUAACAUUUAUAUUAAUUUCAAAAUUUAUUUGAAUCGUGUGCAAGUCUCGAAACUAUUAUAAUGCAAUGUUUGAAUAUUAAAGAAUUUUCAUUAUUCUAGUAUUAAUAACCUAUUUAUUUUUGUAAAUGCUUGUAUUUGAGAAAAUAUAGAUAAAUAAUUGAAGCUAUCGUUUAUAUAGGUAGUAUUAAUAAGGUUGAAGAAUAAUUAUUUUUGUAUGAUAUUUUGGUGAAAAAGCUGGAUGUUUUUAACUAGCUCAAUGUUUAUUGAAUUUAUCAGGUUUCUCUGCUUUCAGCUUUUAUUAAAUGUUAGUAUUUCCUAAAAUAUAAAAUCAAUUUUUGCUUUUCUGCUCAAUAGGCUUCAAUUCAUUAAGGUUUUCUGUAGCAUAAUUAUUUUCUUGAAUGCUCAAUUUCUUCCUUUGAAUGGUGCACUACCUCUUAAUAUUUCUAGAUCUAUCAAUAGUUUUCUAUAUUUCAUUAUCUUUCAAUAUACAUUUCGAUUUAAGCAUUUAAACACCAAACUGGUGCUGUAAAGUCUAUUAAUUAUGCUUGUUAACGUCAUCAUGAAAUAUGAUUAUUUUUUAAUGACUCAAUAAUGUUAUUAUAAUUCAAUCACUACGAAUAUUAUUACACUAAAGUAUAUAUAUGAAGAAUAUAGAUAUAUUAUCGUGUUAUGUAUCAACUUAUACUAUACCAGUUGUUUGCACAAUUAUUAUUAUUGGCAUUAUGUUUCAAUGAAAUGUUAUUGAAAUUUGUUGAGCUAAAAUUUGAAUUUCUAUCAAUUGAAAGAGAUAGCCAACUGUGAUAUUCUCCUUAUCGAACAUCUUUCAUUUAAAGUUGUCCUGUUAGUUUCUGUGAUCACUGUAUCAAAUAACUCCUUAUGUUCAAGAAAAUCUCACAAUAAAUUUAAAGAGUUUCUUGAGCAGCUUCAAUUUUGGAAGUCAUAUUAUGAUGCAACACCAAAAAACAAUAACUUUUAUGCAAUUUAAUGGAAUUGUCAUUUAUGUGAUUAUAUCUCACCUUCUGUGUAAUAUUUUCUGCAAGGAAACAUUUUUAAAUCUUCCAACGUUAGUAGACAGGUACUAACUGUACUGUACUAAACAGUACUGUCUACUAAUUUUGGAAAUCUUCGUUCUUCAAAAUGAAUAAAACAAUUUUCAAGUGUAGUUCUACCACAAAACGAAAAUUCUACAUAAUUACAUCCAAAUAUAUUUAUUACUCUAAUAUUGAUGUAUAUGUAUAGUAAUAAUGUAUUCCAUCUAUAUUAUGAAAGGUGUAAAUAUAUUAUGCUAAAGUAUUCAAUUUUAAAUAAUCUUCAGCACCAAUAAAUAGUGCUGAAUAACUCAUAUUAUUAUAGAACGUGAAGGUAUGAGUAUAAUAAUGAAUAGAAUUAUUUGCAUGGAAUUGAUUUAUUAGUAAAAUUUAGAAAAACUACGGGUAGGUUAUUUGAUUUAUUUACUAUUAAUUAUUAUGAUAAAAUUAAAAGAAGAACUUGAUUCUGUUAUCGCAAGGUUCUGUUAAUUGCACAACAUUCUGCAAUCCAAAGUUAGGAUUGGAAUUCUAUUAUUCAUCCCAAACAAGAUGAUUCCAAUAUCAUAGUAUUCCUUUUCCUCUAUCAUUGGAAUGGGGACAAAUUUCCUUCCAAUAUGUAAAUAAAAACGAUACCAUGAUUUUUUUCAACUAUUACUGAAAACCCUUUCAAUCAAAUCUUAAUAUUUUUUUAAUUAUUCUAUAAAAUUUUUGUUGAUGUUCUCAGUGAUAUUUAAUUCUAGUAUUUAUCAUUCGAAAAUUUGUUUUUUGUUGUUGAUUAAUUAACAUUCCGUGUAGCUCCCAGAUAAUGCUGGUAUUCCAUAUAGAUUUAGACGAAAGUAGUUUUAAAAUUUAUUUCUGAUUCAAUUUCAUCCUAAUAUUUGCAGCUACUGAACCUGAUCUUAUUAAUAUAAUGUGCCAUAUUAUUGUCUGUUUCGUGUAAUAUUGUGUAUUCUUUAUGAUACCUGAUUUAAUAAAAUUAUUAUAACCCUUUGAUAUUGUUGAGAUAAUUAUCUCUCAUUAGUGAUCCAAUCAAGAUUUCUUAUGGAUUCCUGUUGCUCGUAAUUACUAGUUUAUGUAAGAAUUUUACAUAGUUUUAAUCAAUUGAAAUUGAAGCCCACUUAGCUUUGAAUCUAAGCAAAUUCAGUUCAUAAGCUAAUUAUAGUUUUUUUUUAUUUAAUGGCUUUGAGGUCUCUGGUGGGUCCAACUGUGUUUUCUACCUGAAGGUAGACAAUGCAACAGGUUGAUGGGAUUGGAAAGGGUACUCCUAUUAGAUGGCAAUAUUUCUUCAUCCUUUUUCAUUCUUCCUUCAUCUUUUUCCAAUUUUUCUAUAAUAGUUUGAAAGUUUGACCGUCUUCUUGACUUUGAGCCUUCAUUGUUGCUGUUGACUGUAGAGCGCACGUUUUGAAGUAGAUAUUUUGUCUACCCAUAAAACGUACGUACCGGUCGUAUUAUUCAACCCCGUACACUGGCCGGUAUAAAACUGCUAUAAAAUUACACUACAAACUCUCAUUACACCAAAAAAUUCUUAUUUCGAAUCAAACCUUGAGUUUCAGUACGUAGUAUAGUUAAUUUGACGAGAAAAUGAAUCAAAAGCAUUAAGAAAUCAUGCUCUCUAGAGAUCAUCUGUCUACGGCACACAGAUAAUAUUUUACUUUUACCAUAGAUACACAUAAUCGUUUACAUCCUCACCGAUAAAGAAUCAACUCAAAAGCAUAGUUAGUAAUCGUCAUAAUCAUGAUAAUAUAAUUAUAUUCAUUUAUUUUCGUAAGCUGUGUAAUUUCGUAUCAGUGAGUAAAGAUAGAUUAGGGGUCUUUGUAAUAACACUAGUAAUAAUAUUAUUACUAUCACAGUCCUCAAACUCCUAAAUCCAUAGGUGCACUUGCCAAUACGCAUGUGUAGUCUAGUACUCCACAUUAUUCCAAAUCGUGCUCUCUUUAGAUGACAAAUUACCUUUGGGUCCAACUUUCAUAUCAGCCACCAACAAUGGGCAUUCAUACACCUAGGAACAAUAGCCGAAACUUACCAACAACAUGUUGCCCUGUCUACUAAAGGUAAAAUAAACUUGGACCCAUUACAGACCUUGAAGCCCAAUUUAAUAAUCCUGUAAUUUCCAUUUCUUCAGGUUUCAAAUUCAGGAAUUAGGAAUUUGUUGAGGAACUUCAUUCAUGAAUAGUUUUAUAUUAAUGGUGCUCAAUGCCUCAAAAUUACUGAAAAAUCAGUUUCUUGCUUCUAAUCAAAUGUUUGAAUAAUUCCAAGAAGUAGUUGUUGAUUCCAACUAAUAGUAAAAUUAUGGUUACUUUGGGUUGCUAAAACAGAGAUUUUUGUUUCAUCGUAAUUUCAAUGAAUUGACCUUUUAAUCCUGGCCCGUGGUAUUUCAUCAUGCAUUUGAAAGUUAGUAAAACUCCACCAAAAUUAUUCAUCUAUAAGCAAUUCGAGAGAUAAUAGAAUCAAUGUGAUUCAGCUAAGCAAUUAUUCUAUGUUUUUGUUAAAAGGUAGCAUAUUUUGCUAGAUCAGACAUUAUUAUUGAUGUGAUACGUAAAGUAGUUUUUCAAAAUGUAUUGUAGAAAAAUUGUCCUUUAUCUUCAAUAACUGACACCUGUAUAAUACCAAAACAACAGGCGACUAUCACAGAAAUUAUGGAUGUUACAAUCAUAGCAUACUAUAUAUUGCAAUACAGUAGCAAUACUUGUAGCUGUAGACCACAGUACUAGUUGAUAUCAACUAGUACUUAUAUUAUUACAGGAAUGUAGUUGACAUUUGGUGUGACUGAUUGUAAAAAUGAAUUCGAAUUAAGCUGGAUGGAGCUAUUACAGUAAUAACAUCAAAAUCUGUGUUCAGCUACAAAAUUAUCAAUUAUUCUGAUGUUUGGCUACUUCUGAGGUGAAAUCUGAUGACUAACGAAAUAUAUCUUCUGUAUGAUAGCACUGAAUAGAGUAAGAUACAUAUCUGUCAUGAUCUGUAAAAUAUAUACAUAGUUCACAAUAUUUUAGUUUAGAACUUUAUUUCUUUAGAGGUAUUAAUCAUAAUAUUAAAUCUGUCCAGCUAUUUUAUAAUGUAUAUUUUAUAUAAAUGUUUUUUUUUUCAGUUAUUCUACCCAUAAAAAUUAUAUGAAAUAAAUCAUACAACAAUGAA